AUGUACACUGAUGACAUGGGACGGUAUCUGCGCCUCCCACGAGUACUCAACGCCCAAGAGGACCACUUCUAUACUCAAACUUCCGAGAUGAGCGCUUGGAUGAUACCAGGAAGAUGGUCAAAAACCCUCAGCGUUGCCGCUACCCCAUAUCACGAUUUCACCAAAUGGUCUACCAGUCCUAGCGAUACAUGGUCGGCAACAACAGUUGGCGGACCUCAGUUUCGCACAUAUUCUGGGUCUAGUGCGGAAUGCGUUCAAGCGGACAGCUCUUCAAACCUAAUGUCAUGUCGACGCGAUGGGCAAAAUAAUGUCAUCAAUUCUACCGUCCGUGCUGAGCAAGACACUGCUCCUCUGCUUACCCCCACAGGAUAUCUAUACGAUCAAACCAAUGCCAUCUUCAAUCUAAACAGCUCACUUCCAAGCCACCUAGUCCACAGGUCUCUUGGUAGUCAGCUUAUCACCGCCAUGGACUAUUCUUCCAACACUUGGCCGGCCAACGUUUGCCGAGUCCAAAGCCUUCACGGAGACCAGCCCAACAUGCUUCCUCAAGAUCACCAGAUGAAGACAACACUAGGGUCGAACUGUCUCAUUAACAGGCCUAGCCCCAGAGAAUUGGUCAUCGACACAGAUACUGUUACCACCAGCAAUAGCCGUGGAUACCGUGGCAACCUAAGACUCGAGCGCAACCGCGACGCAGACAUACCCGACGAAGAGAACUGUAGAUUAUGGCUUACUGGUAUACCACCAGACACAGAUUACGCCCAAUUGUUAUCGUUUCGGAAUGUGGGCCCAGUAUACGCCUCGCAUCUGACAGAGCCGCAGUUGUAUACUCGUCAAUCGGACGGCAUUGAUGUCUACUCACGAGCAGCGUCCAUUACAUUCUUUCGUGCUGAGGAUGCAAACCACUUUCUCCGCGACCACCAAGAGAGAAACUUCCAGAUCGACGACUGGAAGAUAGACAUGAGGCGUCAUCGGAUACGCACCCGCUCCACGCAGAUCCGUGGCAGAUCACGCAUCUUGCUGAUCAAGGGCGAUCCGGCGGUAGUGCACCCCCGGGCGCUGGACUCGAUCAUUCGAAAUAUCUGGCAAAUCUAUUACGACGUCGACUUCCUCCAGUACGAGGAAGCGAAUGGAUGUGGCCGGUUGGAGAUUGCAUUUGGAAGUUUCAGGGCACAGGCGGAGCAGGUCGUUUGUCGCCUCCAGAAUUUCCGCCCUCAACGGAUCGUCGUUGAGUAUCUCAAAGACCCGUGUGCGGGAUUUGGGCCCUGA